AUGGCAAGAUUAAUAAAAGAAGUUAAACCACAAAAUAACCAGCCAUUGGUCAACCAAGCACAACCAACCAAAGUUAUUAAGUGUGAAGUAAAAAGGGGAAAAUUAGUAACCCAAUUAGACGACGGAAGAGAAGUAAUUAUUGCGGUUAACUUGCUAACUAAAUAUGGAAUAUUAGAAGAAAAUACCAAGUCUGAGCAACUAAAAAAAUAUGAAUUACAAAACGAAGGAAAGUAUAUUCACUUUACCGAAACUGAUGAAAUAUUACCAGCUCGGAUAAUUAGUAAAGGAAUAUUUGCUCCUUGUGAGGAAGGGAGAGAAUAA